CAGACCAUUACGAACCAUUUGUUGUAUUGCUGCGUUUCAGCCAAUCAACGCCGUUCUUCAAUGUGAUUCUGACCAAUGAUAUUGUAGCAUGUUUAGAAGUCCAGACCGAGGAAGUCGAUGAUGUGUAUUUAUUCGAUAACAAAUCAGUCGCUGACUAAUCUUUAGUUUAGUGGUUGUUUAGUGUCGGAGCAGUUUUAAAAUAAGUGCGUCAGAGAGCUGAGUUGAUUCAGCGUUAGCUAGCUAACGUACAAGAAGUUAAAUAACUGAGCGCUGAGUUGUUAUUGAGUCACAGCUGUCAUGUUGGCCGUGUUUCCCCUCCUGUCAGCCGGCCCUGGGCUCUUCUAGCUGGGGUGGAAAUAGAUGGGGUGCCGCUUUCCCAGAGGAUGGAGGAUUUAACCCUGGAUCAUCAUGGCUGCUAUGACGGUGUGGCGUUACACCAGCGGCCGUGUCCUGGGAGGAUGGGGCCCGCUGCUGUGUGUCCUCCUCGGCUCCCUAGUGGCCCUCCUGAUGCCCCUGGUCGAGGUGGAGGACCAGUGCUGUGCCGCCCUGAAGGGGAUCGCCCAGCUCCGCUGCCAGCUGUGGGGGAGCCCCCGUCAGCCUCCAGCGGUGCAGUCCACCAGCCUCACUGUCCCCUUUACGGCCCUUGAUCUGCUGCCUCAGAGGUCCAAGCCGAGCAAAGAGAUGGAGCUUGAGGCCAAAGCAGCGCUGCAGCAGGCUCUGGAGAUGAAGAAAGUGGGGAAGAGGGAGAAGGCCCACAAGCUGCUGGUUCAUGCACUCAGUAUGAAUCCAGAUUUUGUGGACGCCCUGACAGAGCUGGGGACUAUUUUGGAGGAGGAGAAAGAUGUUGUCCAGGCGGACCACCUCUACACCAAAGCCUUGACCAUCUCCCCAUGCAACGAGAGGGCUCUGGUCAGCCGAGACCGGACUCUUCCGUUGGUGGAGGAGAUUGACCAGCGUCACUUUGGCAUCAUUGACAGUAAAGUGCGCAGGCUUAUGUCCAUUCCUAAAGGCAACUCUGCACUCCGACGAGUGAUGGAGGAAACCUACUACCACCACAUCUACCACACGGUGGCCAUUGAAGGCAGCACGCUCACUCUAUCUGAGAUCCGUCACAUCAUUGAGACGCGCUACGCCGUCCCCGGGAAGAGCCUGCAGGAGCAGAAUGAGGCCAUCGGCGUGGACGCAGCCAUGAAGUACAUCAACACCACGCUGUUGUCCAGAACAGGAGCCAUGACUGUCAGUGACAUCCUGGAGAUUCACCGGCGGGUGCUUGGCUACGUAGACCCUGUGGAGGGAGGGAGGCUGCGCACCAGCCAGGUGUUCGUGGGCCACCACAUCCCGCCCCACCCUCAGGACCUGCAGCGACACAUGCAGGAGCUGAUUCAAUGGCUCAACUCUGACGAGGCCCUGCAGCUGCACCCUGUGGAGUACGCAGCUCUCGCCCACUACAAACUGGUGUAUGUGCACCCGUUUGUAGACGGCAACGGACGCACGUCACGGCUGCUAAUGAACCUUGUGCUCAUGCAGGCGCGAUACCCCCCGAUCACUAUUCGCAAAGAACAAAGGGCCGAAUACUACGCAGCUCUAGACACAGCCAAUGAGGGGGAUGUACGUCCUUUCAUUCGCUUUAUAGCCAAAUGUACAGAAAUCACAUUGGACACUUUGUUGAUUUCUACAACAGAGCACGCUGUGGGGCUGCCGGCAGCUGGACAGGACCAGGCCUGUCUCAACUGCAAACAGACCAUCCCAGUCCACAACUGAACUGGAAAUGGAGUGGAAAAGGGAGAAUGAGACAGUAGUACACGUUUAAAGAUUCUUUAAUAGCAGUCCUACUUCAGUUGAAUUGCCUUGUUUCUUGGCCUUUCUGGCUCCUGCUGCAGGAACACUUUCCACCUCUCGCCUGCUAAAUAUUAUUGAAUAGAAAUCAGGUUUUGCUGGGUUUGGGUUUGCUAUCAUACAACAAGACACCAGUUAAUCAUUUUCAGUAUCUAAUCAUACUCUCAUAGGAGGAAGUAUUUAUUUGCAUCAGAAUACAAUCUGAAGUUUUGACUACUGGUGGUGGGAAGAGGAAGGAAAGCUGUUGUAUCAUGUCGUUUGACUUGAGAUGCUUCAGUGAUUCCACUGAUGAUGUGUACAGUUUGUGGACAUUUAGUUCAACUUUGGGAUAGUGUUUCAUAACACUGUAAAGCACUUUCAUGUAUUUGAUUAUUUAUUUUAUUUUAAAAUAAAAGUGUUCUAUUAACUAUU